GCUCGCCUGCGAUCCGAAUCCGGCCAUGGACGGCGGGGCGCUGCCGCCGGACGCGGAGAUGGCGGAGGCCGGGGCGGGCGCCGCGGCGGCGGCCGGCCAAGGGGCGCCGCCGAUGGACAACAUCCAGGCCACGCUCAGCCACGGCGGGCGCUUCAUCCAGUACAACAUCUUCGGCAACGUCUUCGAGGUCACCGUCAAGUACAAGCCGCCCAUCCUCCCCAUCGGCAAGGGCGCCUACGGCAUCGUCUGCUCCGCGCUCAACUCCGAGACCGGGGAGCAGGUGGCCAUCAAGAAGAUCGCCAACGCCUUCGACAACAAGAUCGACGCCAAGCGCACGCUGCGGGAGAUCAAGCUGCUACGCCACAUGGACCACGAGAAUAUUGUUGCAAUAAGGGAUAUUAUACCUCCUGCACAGAGGAGUUCAUUCAAUGAUGUCUAUAUAGCAUAUGAAUUGAUGGACACCGAUCUCCAUCAGAUUAUUCGCUCAAAUCAAGGUUUAUCGGAGGAACAUUGCCAGUAUUUCCUUUACCAAAUUCUCCGUGGCUUGAAGUAUAUACAUUCAGCAAAUGUUCUCCACCGAGACUUGAAGCCUAGCAAUCUUCUUCUGAAUGCAAACUGUGACCUAAAAAUUUGUGAUUUUGGGCUUGCUCGUACCACCUCAGAAACUGAUUUUAUGACUGAGUAUGUGGUGACAAGAUGGUACAGGGCACCUGAGCUUUUGUUGAACUCCUCUGAAUACACUGCAGCAAUUGAUGUGUGGUCCGUGGGUUGUAUUUUUAUGGAACUGAUGGACCGGAAACCUUUGUUUCCGGGAAGAGACCAUGUCCAUCAGCUACGUCUUCUAAUGGAGCUCAUCGGGACACCUAAUGAGGCUGAUCUGGAUUUUGUAAAUGAAAAUGCAAGAAGAUAUAUCCGCCAACUUCCCCGCCAUGCUAGUCAAUCACUUUCUGAAAAGUUUCCGCAUGUUCACCCUUCAGCAAUUGACUUGGUUGAGAAGAUGCUGACGUUCGAUCCUAGACAGAGAAUAACAGUUGAAGGUGCCCUUGCACAUCCGUACUUAGCAUCACUGCACGACAUAAGUGAUGAGCCGGUCUGCACAGCGCCCUUCAGCUUUGACUUUGAGCAGCAUGCAUUGUCAGAAGAACAAAUGAAGGAUCUAAUCCAGCAAGAGGCUCUUGCAUUCAACCCUGAUUACCAGUAGCUGGAGUUCAGUUUCAGCCUUCAAUUGGCUUCAUUCACAUGGAAAGUUUUACCUCCUGCCACCAUAAAAGGUCGCUGCCACUGAUCGCCAGCUGUAAAUAAUUGCUUCACCUGAAGAUCAAAAGGUGGUCUGUUAAGGGUAGAUGACAAGAGCUUGUGGUGGACAAAUUUCCACGGAGCUAUGGAUUCUUGUGCUUAUGUAUGUUGUCUUACGAGGAUGUUUUUUCUUUCGCAUUAAACUGUUUCAGCAUUGUCCGUAAGAAGAGGGUAGUUCAUGAAGAUGACUGCCUAAUUUCGAUGGCUGUCAUGAGAUUUUUAGAUUCUUGGUCGAUUACAAAUUAUUGUGUUGACAUAAUGUUGUUCGACUUUUUUGUUGUUGUAAGUCCUGGUUAAUGAACGCUGACUAACUGUGAUUCAGUGCUUGCUGUUGGAUGUUGUAAGCGCAUUUUUCA